AAUUCCCCUAAAAUAAAAUAGUAUGGCAAAAAUAUGUUUACUUUCAGAGACAAAUUUCAAUAACAUCCAUGGAUAAUUCCCUUUUCUUCAGGUAUUUGCUUUUUUCCUACAGAUUUCACAAGAGAAUAAACAAAUGAAAAACUACACAGAAGUAACAAAGUUUAUCCUCUUGGGAUUGUCAGAUGACCCAAAGCUUCAGGUUGUGAUUUUUGUCUUUCUGUUCAUCACCUACAUGCUCAGCAUCACUGGGAACCUGACCGUUAUCAGCCUCACCCUGCUGGAUUCCCACCUCCAGACCCCCAUGUAUUUCUUCCUCAGGAAUUUCUCCUUAUUAGAAGUUUCAUUCACAACUGUCAGUAUACCCAGGUUCCUGGGCACCAUUAUUACAGGUGAUAAAAGCAUUUCCUUUGAUGAUUGUAUGGCUCAGUUAUUUUUCUACAUUCUCCUGGGAGUGACUGAAUUUUACCUUCUAGCUGCCAUGUCCUAUGACCGUUAUGUGGCCAUCUGUAAACCCCUGCAUUACACAACCAUCAUGAAUGGUAGAGUCUGCACACUGCUUGUCUUCUUCUCUUGGCUGGCUUCAUUCUUAAUUGUAUUCCCUGCACUCAUGCUAGUCAUACAGCUGGGUUACUGUAAGUCCAAUGUUAUCAAUCAUUUCACCUGUGGUUAUUUCGCCUUAUUACACCUUUCUUGUUCAGACACAAAAUUCCUAGAGUUAACUGGGUUUUCCUGUGCUGUGUUUACUCUAAUGUUCACUUUGGCAUUAAUAAUUCUGUCUUACAUAUAUAUCAUCCGAACAAUUUUGAGCAUUCCUUCUACUAGCCAGAGGACAAAGGCCUUUUCCACAUGCUCAUCCCACAUGAUUGUCAUCUCCAUCUCUUAUGGCAGCUGCAUUUUCAGGUAUAUUAAUCCGUCAGCAAAAGACAGAGUGUCUUUGAGCAAGGGAGUAGCUGUGCUAAACACCUCAGUAGCUCCAAUGCUGAACCCAUUUAUUUACAGCCUUAGAAAUGAGCAGGUCAAGCAAGCUUUCAUGGACCUGUUGAGGAAGAUUGAAUUUUUCUCAAGCAAAUGAAAAAAUAAAGAUGCUGUCAUAAAUUAGAAGCAUAACGAACAGCAAUUAAAUAAGAAAGUGCUUCUCAAAAGACAAUUAAAAUCCACAUCCUUUCCCUAGACUUAUUUUUCCUUGCUUGCACUUUUAUGACCAAAGGUU